AUGGUAUCCAUCGACCCUGCUAACUCCUCGAAACCCAAAAUCGAUCUAAUCCCUUGGGAUCCCACCUCUCCUCAACAUGUUGAACGACUAGUACAACAACGUAUCACUUGCGGAUGGGAUGAUGAAUAUGUCGAAUCAUGGAGGAAAACUCAAGAGAGUGGAAAACUCAACAUUCAAUGGAUUGUUCUUGCAGAUUCUGAUCUCGAAAAAGAUGCCAAAAUACUCAAGCAUACCGAGGAGCAUCCCCAAGAAAAAGAGCCGCUACUUGACACUGCAAUUUCUUUUGGCGGAAAACCUCGAGAUAUUCCCUCACCACAGAGAUCUUUCAUUCCAAUCGGACAUAUCUGUCUAGGUCCUCCAUCCGAAAAUUAUUUGAAUCUCGGAUAUGUCCCAAAGACCGAAGGAUUCUACUGGAUAUCAAACUUCUAUGUUUCUCGUGCUCUUCAAGGAACAGGAUUAGGAAAGAUAGCUAUGGAUACUGUCGAGAAUUUGGCCGUUUCCGAACCAUUGUGCGCGAAGACAUUGGGCUUGAAUACGAUUGAUAAAGUUGAUGCAGGAAGAGAGGAGAAGUACGAAGCUCUAGGCUUGGUAAUUCCACCUAAUGGUAUGAGAGGAGAGGUUAUAAAGGUUAUAAAUAUGUGGAAAAGUUGUUUGGUCCAAAAGUUGAUUCCACGGGAAAAUCAUGGUAUUGGAAUGCUGUAUUCUUGA